CGUAAACAAGGAGGAAUGGCGAAACGUGGAAGAGGUGGAUUCAUGUUCGGCAUGGUUUCCAAGGCCUCUGUUCUCUUCAUGAGAUUCAAUUCUGGGUUUCUUAUAUCGCUGCUAGUGAAAGGGUUUCAUUGACUUGACCCAUAACAGAGUGGUUAUUGUUCCUUCGUGGUUACAUCGAAUCAGAGUGUCUUUCCAGAAAGACAGUUGAUUCUGAGACCAAAUUAAGGAGAAAAGAAAGGAAAGGAAGAAACGUCAAAAGAACAUCCAGCUUGAAAAUUGGAGGAAAGCCAAGAUGAGCAAGAUGUCGACAAACAGUGACAGUGAUGAUGACAUCAUAUUGUUCCCUAUCACAGAUCUUAAUGAUGAUGACGACAAUGAACACGAGUCGUCAGAGCGCAGUGACAGUGACAGUGACAAAGUUGAGCAGAAACCGAAGAUGCUCAUGUCCCUGCGACAGAGGAGACUCUCAAAGGCACUGGCUGCUGCAGAAAAAAUGCCCAACCUAAACAUCCACAAGAAACACUGGUUUUCCGCAAUCCGACGAGCGCGCAACAUGGAAGACCCAUGGUCGGUGUUCCACAUCGAGAAUUUGCCGGCAGAGAAGGUUAUCAGACACAGGUACAACGCCCUAAAGAAGGUCUGGACCAAGGAUGAGGUGGUCGUCAAGAUGGAAGAAAAAGCUUUUAACCGGGGGGCAAUGAGGCAGUGCUUUAGAAUGAAGAAGUUGUCCAACUUUUUGCACUCUCAUGACUGGAAACAUGCAGCUAACUAUGUGGCUAAACACUACAUAGAGGAGGUGGAUAGGAAUGUGUACUUUGAGGACGUCCGUCUGCAGAUGGAUGCCAAGUUAUGGGCAGAGGAGUACAACAGACACAACCCACCCAAAAAGGUGGACAUAUUCCAGAUGUAUGUGCUGGAGUUUACAAACAGACCUGGCUCCCCUCUCUACCAUCUGGAGCACUUCAUGUCUGGAGAUUACAUCAAGUACAACUCUAACUCUGGCUUUGUUGAGGAGACCCUGAGACAUACUCCACAGGCCCUGAGUCACUUCACAUUUGAACGAUCUGGUCACACUCUGAUCGUGGUGGACAUCCAGGGGGUGGGGGAUCUGUAUACAGACCCACAGAUUCACAGCAUUGAUGGUACAGAGUACGGGGAUGGCAAUCUGGGAGCAAAGGGCAUGGCUCUCUUCUUCCACUCCCAUGUCUGUAACAACAUUUGUCACAGCCUGCAUCUGUCCCCCUUUGAUUUGGCCAAAUCAGAGGUAGCCACGCAGAAAAAGUUCAUCAAGAGACAGCAAAGUUUUGACCACACGGAGGUGCGUGGUAAGGAGGAGACGUGCGUGAGUGCGUCCCCUAUUGACAGGUUUGAUCUCACAAAGUUCCUGGCUAGGCAGCGCUCUGUCUCCACUAACAGCAGUGGUAACGGGUCCCCAGACAUCGGAAGUCCCCUGACAGAGGAGGAUACCACGGAGGAUGACCCCAUGUCCCCUGAUGGCUUCAUGGGCAGGGUGAGGCGUACCAGGUUUAUGAGCGAGUCGGACUCCAUGUCUAUGACUGAGGAGGAAGACCGUGAAGCCUUUGCAAAAGCAUCGCGCAUGAAGGCCCGACCGUCAUGUAUCGCCAACGAAAUCAGCCUACUACAGCUGGCAAACAGGAAGCUGGUUAUAGGGGACUCUGUUCUGGGCAAGAUCCAUCAUGAAAUGGCCAAGUACCACGAGCUGGGACGGUUCUCCACAAACACCAAUGGCAUGGAGCCUGAGGUGGACUGGGAGGCUGCCCUCUUCCAUGAGGAGUAUGCCGCUCAGCUGGGAGUCAUGGAGGCUAUUCUCACAUUGGCCAAACUCUACCUGGGCAUACAGAGGGAUGUGCUGGUCAAUGCCACAGUGCAGCCUACAGAUGAGAACAUCAACAAAGGGCUGGACUACAUGUGUCAGGCAGCUGAUGCUGGGGACAGAGGAGCCAUGUUGUUUAUGGCCAGGGCGUUCGAGACUGGCCAGGGGCUAGGCACCAACAGAACACGAUCUUGGGAAGAUGCGGCUGAGUGGUAUGAACAAGCCAUUAACACGACAGAUAAUGAUGAGGGAGGGGAGUAUGAUGCUACCAUGGAUGACCCGGUGUACACUAUACAGGCCAAGCUAGCAGAUAUGUAUCUAGAAGGGGGUUAUGGGCUGGAGAAAGAUCCCAGCAAAGCAGGUGAUCUCUUCAAUGAAGCGGCAGAAGGAGCAAUGGGUGCCAUGAAAGGUCGCCUGGCAACAAAGCUAUAUUCAAAAGCAGAGGAGGCUUAUGCUCUGGUUGAGGAGGAAGAGGAGGGAUAGGAGGAAAUAGAGGAGAGAGAAAGAGGAAAUAAUGGUAGAGCGAGGUGAAAGCAAUGAGGUGAAGAAUACAAACAUGCAUAUUAUACUUGUAUAAUGGGGGAAGAAUAAGGCUGAGGAGAAAGAACCCUGCUGCACAUCAUCGCACAAAUUUGAAUAUCUAUAAGUUUAUGUAAACUUUACAACUCUUAUUGAUGUUUUUCUGUAAAGGGUAACUUUAUAUAGCACUUGUUGUGUAUGCAUAGAAUCUUCAUACUGCUGGGGUUUUUUUUGUUUUUUUUUUUCAGACAUUCUGUUUAUGUCUCUGAUAUCUUAGCCUGCAUGGCGUAGAACUGUUCUCGUCAGAGCUAAGCCACAACUAAUUAUGGUCAAACCGAAUAUGUGCUUCAGUAUUAGAUGCACUUUUAGACCCCUUUGUGAUGGGAAUAACAAUUUGAACCUGUUCAGACAUUCUUUGAGACUGCCAUGUUGUCCAAUCAUAUAUUUUGUAAGGAUUUGAAUACCGUUAUGAGUAAUUGUGUGUUGUAUUACAAUAUGUGGUUAACAACAGGUUUUAUAAAUUUCUACUUUUAAUAUGGGUGAGUGCUGCCAUUUGUUAAUAAUUAUCAAGAUUUGAUUUUCAUAAUAAACAACUAUUGUACAUAAUAACAGUGUUUUACACCAACCUAUUAAUGUGAUUUUCUGAACUUGUAAGUGCAGUCGUGUAGGAACUGCUUAUUCUAGCGAGUAAUCGUUUCUCCAUUUCAAUUCUAUUUGUAUCUAUGCAGGUUUAUUUUGCAAGUAGAUUGAAAAGGGACAUAUUGUCUUAUGUUAUACUGUUGCACAUGGAGACCAUGGGGGUGUAUGAAAAAGGAAUCUUAGUCAUUUUUUCAUCAUUAUUAAUUUUUUAUUAGUUGCUUUUUGUGUUAUGGUUUAAGCCAUAUAAGAGUUCUUUCAAUCUUUUGUCUGUUUUUGUUUUUGGUGCCAUGCUGUACGAUGUAAUGUAUUAUGCAUAACAUAGAGUAGGGAAUGCCCUGGUUUAUUGAACAAUGCUUUGUGGGUAUUCUGCCUACAUGUAAAAGUCAUCGUAUUAUGCUGAUCCAGAAAACUUAAUAUCGUUUAUUGUAUUAAACUUAGAUGUCAGUUGUAAUUGGAAAUAAUAGCAUAUACACAUUUGUCACAGUUCAAUUUGUAUCUUUCAUUAUCAUGUCUGAAUUUCAGGAUUUAUGUUGUGGAUUAGAUGUUGAGUGUUUUCUUUUCAUAAACUAUGACAGUUUGGUAUUUCAAUUUGAUAAGUGGAAUGUAAUUAAUUUAGUUGGAGUUUAUCUGGUCUAUUUUGCGACUGAAAAAGUAAGCUUUAUUUUGUGACCUUUGUAGUAUUAAAAUGAGAAUAAUUGGAAGAUUUGUUUCAACUUUUCUUAAAUUUGACUGAAUUAUUCAUGGCAAGCAUUAUACAAAGCAUUUGGAUGAGACUACUUUUGUUUUAUUAAAAUAUGUAAUGGCUUCAAGCUUCUAGUGGUGUUAGCUUAACAGUUGUUUGAGAAAUCGGAAAAUAGCUGGUGAUAAUAUUGCAAAAUGCAUAAUGCUUUGAGAACAGUGUACUAUAAGUAAUGCACAAUGAGGAAUGCCCUUAUUGUUGUGAAGCUUAUCCGUAGUUUAUAUUAUGUGACUUUUGUUUUGUAUUCUGUAUAGCAACAGCUAGUAUAUGUAAAUGUGUUAGCUAAAGGUGGUCAGUAGCUUACAUUGUGCAUCACUGUAACUCAUGACAUACAGCAUUCCACAUUCAAAUGGUUUUAUUUUUGCACUGUGUUAACGGUUGGUAAAUAUGUAAUUCCCAACUUAGUGUCUCUGACAACAGUUAAAUUCCCCGUUAUUGGCACGGACAAAAAAACAAAACAACAAAGCAAAGCAUCAUGCAGUUUAACAUGAGUGGGAAUGCACAAUUUGCUUAACCCUAGAGGAAAUAAAUAAAUCUUUUGUCAAUAGUUUUCCCAAACCUUAAGAUCUCGCACAUGGAACGGUAGACAAGAAGUGCCGUGCUCGGCGUAUGAAAUGUGAUGUCACAAAGGGAGAUAACUCACAGGUAAUAACAUCCCAAGAUGACGAGCAAUGUUCUCCUAGCAUUUUGAACGUAUAUUCCCAUUUUGGAGUGAAUUGUUAUAUAUGUUUCUAUAAUCCUAGUCUGGAAAUACCAGCCAGAGUCUUUAUAGUAGGAUUGAAGAGACCAAAAGUGGUGUCUCUGUGCUGUGAUUGGUGUCCAUGCACUAAUAUUGCAGUGUGAAUCUACAAAUACAUUAACAUCUUGGAAAUGUGGAUAUGGUUAAAUAGGAUUUAAGGUAUAUGGGUGUACAUUAACCAGUGGCGUUUGUGCAUAUUUGUGCAAGUGCCAUUGUUUGUGUUUAGCUGUGUGAAACAACAAGGUAAGUUUAGUUUGAUUUGUUUUCUGUGUAUCUUUGAAUUCUUGUUGCAUUUUUUUUGUUGGUUUGUUUUGAUUUGAAUUGCAGUAGCAGUUGUACAUGUAUUAUAUUUUGUAUGAUAUCUGUUACGUAAAGUUUGGAACAGUGCUAAAUAGUAUGCCUGUCGAAAUAGGUGAACAUUAAUAUUUUGGCAGAUGAAUACAUAUAGAUGUAGCAGCCCAUAUGAUGUGUUACAAAAUGUAGGAUUGUUUGAAGUGAUGCCACCUGUCUUUUGGUCAUCCAACCUUUGCUGUAAUUAGGGGUAGAUUAUAACAGUAGUUUUGGCCAUUACUUCUGCCUUUAUAAUUGUUAAGUGAUAAUAUUGUCUUCAUGGUUUGCCCUACCUUUGUCUGUAUUUCCACACUGUGCUGGUGGCUGAAUGUUUUGAGUAAGUGUCCAUGCAUAAUGCAGAGUUUAAACCAUUACACUGAAAUGGGUACAAACAGCAAUAUGACCAUACUGACCAUUCACCAGAAAUGCAUUGCCACAUUCUGAACUUAAAGUGCUCAAGAUUGAUAUUUACAUAAACUAAUAUUCCAUGGUGAGGAAAUUUUCUGUGAUCUGCUUACUGUGCCUCUGAGACAUAUGCCCCCCCCUACCCCCUCUGGAGAAGUAAGGAAAAAAAUUGCUAGUCAGUUCAUCCCUUCUGACAUCAUAUCAGGAUUAGUAACUGAAAUUGAAAUUUCAUUCAGCAUUUUCUCACAUCUGUUAGAGGCGAUGAUGAACUUUUGCGGUAUUGGGGUUAGACAGCUAAUGGCCAUCUUGGCAGGUCCUCGCUGUGAAGCUGCAAGUGUAUAUCAGAAGUCCUUGCCCCUUAAUUAUACCACACGAAUGAUAACCUUUCAGUCUCCACGUAUUUUGUACAUAAAGUGUUGUCUUUGUCAUGUUGAAAUAUUUACUUCCUUAUUAUUAGUCCACUAUUUUUCUAGCUGUAAAUGUUUGUUGGGAGAAGGAUUAACCGUUUGUGUGUGUGCGCGAGAAACAAAGCUAACCUUGCGAUAAAAUAUAGAGUUCAAAGGUAAAAUGGUGCAAAAUGUUACUGACAUAGGUCAUGUAUGAGAGUGAAAGAUUGAUGAACCAUAUAGAAAGACUAAAAUGUCAGCUAUUUUUCAUCAUAAUAUGCCUGUAUUGCUGUAAAGGUGUUACAGUUCUGAAAAUGUCGGACUUUUCUUUUAAUUUUCCGGAACAAGGGCGGCAUCAUUUAUCCAAGUUGUAAAUCCAUUCGAAGAUUAAACCAUAAUAAUUUAGUCUGUUCAUUAUUUCAAAGCAUAAUUGAGCAUUUAAAUUACCUGCUACAUCAAGCCGUGUUUCCUAUAAAAAAAGCCCCGGAAACAUCACACCUAUAUGUUAUUGUUAAAUAGCCCUGCCAAACCUGACAAGAGGGCUGUCAUUGUUAAAACUACUUUUACACUCCGUUGUUAAUCUUUUUAUAACAAAUUCGUUUCCAGGGUUUGUAAAUAAUGCUCACUUUGAUUUAUUUUACCAUUCUACUUGAAAGUUUCUAUGAUUUUUCCCCCCGAGAAGCUUCUUUGUACCAGAUUUUCAGAAAAUAAAGACUUUGUCCGACUUGAAAA